CGAGGGGGGCGACCCCCGAGUCCAGGCCGGGCGAGCAGCUCCGCCGGCCGGAUGGGCGCUGCUCGUCUCCGGGAAGGAGGGUGCCGCUUCCGCACUCGAGAGCCCCUUCCCCCGGCUCUCGCUGAGGGCGGGUCGAAGGCGCGGCCGCAGGGGGACCCAGGAACCGGGCCAGUGUGGCCCUCUGGAGUCUCCGGACCUCGCGGGGCCCAGCGUGGCCCCGGGCCGAGCCCGCCUUGCGUGGGGUGUGGGGCGUGGGCUAGCGCCUGGCCGCCUGCGCGUGGGACCUGGGCCGCGGCGGUCCCCCUGCGUCUCCGCCGCGGGAGUUUUCUGCCGUUUGCUCUUUCUAGGAACUGGCACCUGUUGCCUUUCCCACCCACGCGGUCGGGGGCUUUGACGGGCUUGCGUUCAACUCUGUACGCCCGCGCCACAGCUUCUGCUGGGCCCGGCGGAAGGGAUUUUGGAAGCUGUCGUGCACGGUAGCACUUGGGGCUCUCAGAAUGGGGGGGAGCAGGUGGAGGAGAAACUCCCUCCCCUGGGAGGAUGAACGGAGGCCUCGAGGGCAGGGCGCCGCGGGAAGCACUCGGUGGUGGUGAUGGAAGCCGAGACCCGGGCCCUGCAUCGCAGCGGAGCGGUCCUGGCUCGAGAUGUGGUACGGGGUGUUCCUGUGGGCACUGGUGUCAUCUCUCUUCUUUCAUGUCCCUGCUGGAUUACUGGCCCUCUUCACCCUCAGACAUCACAAAUAUGGUAGGUUCAUGUCUGUAAGCAUCCUGUUGAUGGGCAUCGUGGGACCAAUUACUGCUGGAAUCUUGACAAGUGCAGCAAUUGCUGGCGUUUACCGAGCGGCAGGGAAGGAAAUGAUACCCUUUGAAGCCCUCACCCUGGGCACGGGACAGACCUUCUGCGUGGUGCUGGUGUCCUUUCUGCGGAUUUUAGCAACUCUCUAGCAUACCCCCUCUGCUGUGAUAUCCACCCUGAGUUUUAUAGAGCCUUCAGAAAGAAAACACGGAGUGCAGUGUUUCACACAGAAGCCACUUGAAUGGACAUGAGUGCGAAAACCAACAUCCCAGCCCUGUCUUCGGUUUGAUGCUCCAACAAUUGAGCUCUUUGUGGACUCUUGGCGUUUCCCACCAAAACAAAACAACUUUCUUGACUUUCUUUUUCAUAGAUACUGAAUUUAAGUAGCUUAACACAUUACACCUUCACCCAAGGCAGGCCAGCCAUGCCUCUGGGUCAAGGUCAUUUGCACUGACAUUUACAAUAUUCUGUGACAAAAUGAAGUGUUGCAUAUUUCACACGGUUUCUUUUAAAUGAGCAGGGUAUGCUGUACUACAAUCCUAGUUGAUCUAAUCUUGAUUAAAAUUUGGCAAACUUUGCUUUUGUUAAAUCUUCAUGACAGUAAAUGCCAAUUAGGUUUUGGUUGAGAAUGGCUUUGAGAACAAGUUUGAUGAAAUGUAACGGGCAAAAAAAAUCAAAGUAUAACUCAAGUAGUGGCUUUGGUUCCAAUGUUAGAAGACAAAGUAGAUAACUAUUGAAUAAUGUGACAUUUUAUAGAUACCUAUCUUGACCUCGGAUUAUUUAAUAUAUUUUAAGAGAUCUGAAUUUGUUGUCUAGUAGAUUUUCUCAAAUAAGCUAGCUAAUGGAGACCUUUAGAAUUUUUAUAUUGCCUUUUCCUAUCACUUUUAGUUCUAUUAAUUUUAUUUAGCUUAAUUGAAAACAUUCCCUGUUAAAUGGGUUGAAUUGACAAAGCCAGAUUGGUUAGAAUACUCAUUAGACAGAGACACAAGUAAGAUACUUCAUGAACAUUCUGUUACAUUUUUUCUUAGUAGUUUGUUUACUGAUGGCUUUUAAGAAACCAGAAGUGCAGCUGAAACUAGAGGUGGUGGUUGUUGAUCUCUUAGUCUUACUGUGUUUACCUGGGGGGACUCCUCGACCCCCUUACAGUAUUGGGUGUCAGCUCCCAUAAAGUGCCUGAAGUUUCAUUUCCAAUUAGCUCCCUCCCUGCCCUUUACGUUUUUAUUCAAGAGAAUUAAAUAGAUGAAUUAAAAAAAAAAACUGAGUUUCUGCUCCUUAACUUUGUUUUUUAUUAAAAGGCCUGAAAACUGUGACCUUUAAAAGGGAAAGGAUUAUAAAAAUUAAUUACCCAACUUGAUCCUUACCACCUAAACAGUUUUGUAUGAAAUAAUUGUUGUUGUUGUCUGUUUUCAAAAUAGGUUUCAGGUAACUAAAUCUGACAUUUUUUAAAGGUGAGUUUUCGUUGUGCAGUCAAGUCUCACAGCUCUCGAAGUCAUAUGCACAAGAACAUAUCUGUUGCAUUUCAAGCAGUGUAUACUCUGGCUUCUGAUAAGAAUACCCAGGAAGACCAAGUUUGGAGGGACAGUCAUAGAGAAAACUGACAAAGGGAUCAGAAAAAUUAACUGGAUAUUUUCUCCUGACUAAUUAGACCACUUAUCACAAAUUAUGGUAACAGAUACCCAGGGCGGAAAGUUAAAAGUAGAAUUGGAAUGAAGCCACAUGUCCUUUCCAGUUUCCCCAACAAGAAACUCAAAAUUUUCUUCCAAGCAGAGUUUUAAAGAUUCCAGUUUUCAAUGCAAGGAGUUGUGAUUUUGGAAAUUAUCCUUCGAGUGUAAGUAAUUGGGGCAGUUUUGCACUUUCGUUAUGGGAAAUGGUCUCUACGGUCUUUGGAGAAGGAUGCUUCCUGUGAGAGCUCUCAGCUGAGCGUUUCUUUCAGAUCCAGUUUCACAGGGCCCCUCCCCCUGAAAACUGACUUUUAAACAUAAUGACCCAUGAUUAAAAUGUUAGGUUAUUUUUCUUUAGAACCAAGACACAAAAUUAAGGAAUUUUGAAACAUGUCUUUGUUCCAUCUUUUUCUUGUUAUACUAUAUACUGUUUCUUAAAACUUAAGAUAUAAAAUGUUAUCUUCAAACUGUUGAAUAUUUCAUCCAUCACUGUAUGUGAAGCGCUUGCCUGUGAAUAAUUGUAUAUAGACUUUCCUUAGCGAAAGGUUUUCAGAGAGAAACUAAUUGAACGAUAAAGAAUGUCCUUUUUUUUGGUCUCACAUACUUGGGAGUGAUUGCUCAGAUUGAAGAAUGUUGGCAGUUAAGUUAAACAUUUUAUUUUACUUUCUUUCGCUUUCUGGGAGUUUUUGCCAGCCAGUUUUCUUUAAGACAAAUGUAGCUGCCAUUCUCUCAGCUUUGCUUCCACUUUUCCUUCUUCUUGUUUGUUUUUUUGUUUGUUUGGUUUGGUUUGGUUUUUGUGAGGAGAAGGGCGGCAGCCCAUAAGUGUAAAAGCUGACCUCUUGAUUCUUUAAUCUGGGGCUUAAGGGGAAAAGCAUUUUGGGAAAACUCCAUACACAAAAGAGUAGUGAUGGCUGGCGCUGCGGCUCACUAGGCUAAUCCUCCGCCUGCGGUGCUGGCACACCAGGUUCUAGUCCCGGUUGGGGUGCUGGAUUCUGUCCCGGUUGCUCCUCUUCCAGUCCAGCUCUCUGCUGUGGCCUGAGAGUGCAGUGGAGGAUGGCCCAGGUCCUUGGGCCCUGCACCCCAUGGGAGACCAGGAGGAAGCACCUGGCUCCUGGCUUCAGAUCGGCACAGCGCGCCGGAUGUAGCGGCCAUUUGAGGGGUGAACCAACGGAAGGAAGACCUUUCUCUCUCUCUCUCACUGUCUAACUCUGCCUAUCAAAAAAAAAAAAAAAAAAGAGUAGUGCAUGUUGUAAGAGAAGCAUAACGACUCUGCAGCAGGACGCUACUUACGAGAUGUUCAAACUACUGAGGGAAAGCGCCUGCGAAUAAUUGCAUUCUUCCUUAGGUUUUUGUUUUCUUUUUAAGUUUUUAAAUUAUAUGUUGGCUUUUGAUUCCAGUGUCUUUUCCGAAUGUUCUGAUCCAAAUUCAGUGCUUAAUCACAGUGCAGCACACACCACCUCCCCUGAGGAGGCUUUUCCUGGAAUGUGAAGCCCUCGUGCCAUCCGCAGCCCACACACACAAAGUGUUGUGAACUUGGAGUCUCUUCUGUGCACUCUGUAAGGCUGGUUGUGACUAAAAUUGGCCUUACUUUUUGUAUUCGGUUAUUUCACAAACUGCUAGAGUCAAAACGAUCAAAUCUUUGUACAAUAGAAAAUUAUUUAAAUUUUAUUUUUCUACUGACAUUUCUAAUUCUAGUGUAAAUGUUUAUCAAUAAAGAAUUACUUUGAAUCCUGGA